AUGGCCACUCCCCGCCGUCGCUCGGCUCGAUUGAGCAAGGCAGCCCAGCAACAGCAUGCCUCUCCUCGCAAGGGUGUCUCUACCGUGCAGCUUGAAUCCCUCGUAGAAAGAGAUGAAACUCCGGAAGUCGGCGAACCCCAGUCUAUCGACAAUGUGCUUGCGACUCCAACUUCGUCUGCCAUGAUCAAGUCACAGCUUUCCAAGUUAUCUGGUCUGAAGACCCCCAAGACCGAACCACAAGCCGAUCGAGCCGAAAUGCACCCGCAUCUCGUCCAUCAAACCACUACCAAAGCUCCGGAUUCUGGCCUCAAGCUGGGUUUUGUCGAUGUGCCAACCCAUGUUCCUCGCUCCGUUGCAAGUGCCCAGAACACUCCUUCCAAAGCGCGUUUCAACACCUCGACAAGCUUAUCUUCCACUGCCUUUGACUUCAAUUUUGGCUCAGAAUCCCAGUUGAGCAGCCAGGCACAGAAGCUCAUGGAUAAUGUUCGGGAAGAGGCAGCGAAGAUCAAGGCUCAAAUGCAACUGGAGAGGGAAGCCCAGAAACAGAAGGAUGCAGAGGCUGAAGACAUGUUCAAUGGCACCAGUGCCACUGGAAGGAAAAUCGCGAAACCCAGGGGGAAAGCAGGAAGAUUCAGCGACGUCCAUAUGGCUCAAUUCAAGAAGAUGGACUCGAUUGCGAAUCAUCCAUCAGCUUUCCGGGGAAAGCCAAGUUUCGCUCAGCCUACAGCACAAUCCCUGAAGAGAAGUGGCUCCAAGGCUGGUCUCGAUGAAGCCGAUCGACCGCGAACUGCUGGGAAGGGAACCCCAGGUCGAAAGCCGCCUCCGUUCCUCGGUCGACCUACCUCAGUCAGUCCCUUCAAGUCCAUACCGGCACAAGCGGAGCGUGUCGAGACUGCUACACCUGCCAAGCGUGCUCGACGCUCCGAACUCGACGACGUAUCCGCAAGCCGACCAUCAGAGCUGGCCUCACCAAUACGCCCUUCCGCCCUGCCACGCCCAGUUCCAAGCAGCCUCUUGUCACCCACCAAAGCCUCUUUAGCUAGAGCGACAACAAGUCAGAUUCCUGUUGCUACGCCGAACAAAGUACACGCACUUGUUCGCACCACUUCGGCGAAGUCCCUGCGAGCUGCGUCAACGGCUCCCAUUGGGAGACCCUCCACCUCACAUGGAGAGUGCAGCACCAAACUUUCAUCAGGACUGCAAGAGACGGGAAAUUCACGGGUUGAGAAGCCGCUGCCCCCAUUGCCACGUCAAGAUCUUCCAUCUGUUGCCAAUACCGCGACGCAACCAAGGUCGAUUGCCGAGACUGGUGCGAUACCCAGUUCCUCGGGCCUUUCUUCCAGACUUCCAAAAUUUUCUGGUCUCAAAUCCAUUCUUCGCUCUGGGCGCAAGACCGACGUUGUACCGUUGCUUGAGGAUAGGCAAGCAACACCUAAGCGUCCUAAUACUGCCACCGCUGUCAGUGGCUCCCACAAGAAAGUCGACUUCACUCCGAGUGUCAAGUCUAGGUAUGCUGUCAAACUGGCAGCUGGAAGUCCAAGUCCGGCCAAGCUACCCCAACUCACGCCUGGCAAAGCGCUGGCUCCUGUUGUGCCCUAUGAUCCAGCAGCCUACACUGUCGAAGAAGACGAUGUAUGGGAGGAUGCAUCAAGCGAGAUCGAGUACCCUGCAUUGCCAGAUCCAUCCUCGAGCCCGGCUGCCGCUUCCAGGGUCGAUGAUGCGUUUACCGAAAAAGCCAAAGAGCAUAGCCGCCGCGAGUCAAAGGAUUUCAAGUCUAUCUUCACAACAUUGCAUCAUCCUUCUCGUUCUAGCGCUCCUUCGACCUUGACCUCUGUCAACACAAUAGUCAACAAAGCUGGCCCAACCGUUCGUUCGCAUAACAAAGUUACUCGAUCCCCUAGCAAUAUGAACUUCUCAAACCCUUCUCCGUCUACUAUUCGGCGAGUGCGUUCAUCUGGUGUUACAGAUGUGAUCCAACCUUUCGAGGAUGCAGACGUCAAGACUGUACCACACGGUUUGCCAGGCAAGAAGCGACGACGUGCGUCAACGGUCUCUGAUGAUGAUCAGAGCACGGAUGGAGAAUCUAGCAAAGAGAAUCGACGUAUUUCAGUUAUGCCCAGUGUCCCGGGUGGAUGGGAAGACAGCUCUCGUAUUAGUGACAAAUUUGAGCAAGACGAGGGUGAGAAGCGAGGUGGGAAGCGACAGAGGACUAACGCGACAACAGGAGACUUGUCCGACGAGACGAUUUCAAAAUCAAUGAGCCCGAUCAAGAAGCCAAAACAAAGUUCUGCUCGUGAGAUGGCGAAGCUGAAUGCAAAAGAUCGCAAGAAUGGUCGAGGCAUUUUGAGUCUUAGCCGUUUGAACAUGCUUGCCCGGCCCAAGCAGAGAGGCUGA